AUGGGGCCUAUUGUGCCUAGUAGAGGCCUACGACAAGGUGUCCCUAUAUCUCCUUAUCUUUUUUUGGCAUGUGCUGAAGCUUUUUCUGCUCUUAUUCGCAAGUUUGAAGAGAGGAAGUGGCUGCAUGGUUGUAAAGUGGCUAAUGGAGCGCCUAGUGUCUCUCAUAUGCUCUUUGUGGAUGACAGCUUUUUGUAUUGUAAGGCGACCAAUGGUGAGAUGAAUCGGGUUCUUCAAUUGCUUAGGAUGUUUGCUACUGCAAUGGGACAACAUGUUAAUUUUGGGAAGUCUUCUGUCUUUUUUAGCACUAAUACUUCAUCUCAUUUGCAGCAGGCCAUCUGUGCUACUCUGGGCAUCCAUGAAGCGACUGAGCACAGAAUGGAAGUUCUUAUUAAAUCAGUUGUUCAAUCUCUUCCGGCCUAUACAAUGAAUGUGUUUCUCAUUCCUGUUGGAAUUUGUCAGGACAUUGAGCGAGCUAUUACCAAGUUCUGGUGGAGGUCCAAUAAGAAUAAAGGCAUACACUGGCUAAGCUGGGACAAGCUCACAAAACACAAGAGCAAUGGUGGUAUGGGAUUUCGAGAUUUAAGGGACUUCAACUUAGCUCUACUAGCUAAGCAAGGGUGGAGACUUUUGACUUGUGGGAAUAGCUUGAUGGGGAAAAUUUACAAGGCUAGAUACUUUUCUGUGUUUGAGACCAAGGAGUUCGUUCGGGCUGGGGUUCGGCGAUUGGUGGGUGAUGGUUCUACCGUUAAUAUCUUGUCUGAGCCUUGGCUUCCUAAUGAGAUGAACCCUUACAUUGAAUCUGUCCAUCCGAGGCUUGUGGGAAAGUCGGUCGACUCUUUAAUGAAGGUCGGGCUGGUUGAAUGGGAUGGGGAAGUAUUAGCUGAUGUGCUCACUGCUAGAGAUCAAGCUUUGGUGUGGAAAAUUCCGCUAAGUAGUCAUAUGAAUUUUGAUUUGUGGUACUGGUUACAUGAUGCGUCAGGGGUUUUCACUGUUAAGAGUGCAUAUUCGCUACUUCAAUCAAUGAAAUCCAACAGAGAUAUCCCAGAUAGCCCUGGGUUCUGGCGGCUCUUGUGGCAGUUACAGCUCCCUCCAAAGUUGCUGGAGCAAGGUUCCAAUUACUGCUUGGCGCCUGAUGCAAUAUUGUUCUCAAGUUGGUUUGAAGCGGGUUUGGGAUCGUGGAAUACGGCUGAGGCUCUUGAGGCCGGUAUGGUUUGUUGGUCAAUUUGGACUCAUCGUAACGAGUUGGUCUGGAACUCCAAACACCCUGAUGCGAGGGAGGUGGUGGCAAUGGCUCAGUUAAAUUAUGUUGAUUGGUUUAAUGUUCAAAAACUUAAUGCCACGGAUGUAAGCUUAAGCGGGCCAACUGCACUACCUGUGGAGCAAUGGACAACACCUGAUUUCCCUUUUGUCAAAGUUAAUGUGGAUGGUGCACUUUUUGCCGACCAAGGGCGGUAUGGUCUGGGUUUGAUUGCAAGGUCUGCUGCGGCUUGGGUUUUGGGGGCCAGAAGCUUAUCUAGAGAAGGUGCUUUGCAACCUCAUAUUGUUGAAGCCAUUGGAAUCAAGGAAGCUCUCUCUUGGAGUAAAGCAAAUGGAUGGUCACAUGUUGUCGUUGAGUCAGAUUGUUUAAGGGUCAUUAAUGAUUUGUAA